AUGUCCACUCCAAAGAAGGUGGGCAGGCUCGCGGAGCCCCCGACCAAGCCACCCAGUCGCGCCAGCAACGUGCAGAACAAGCCAGAGUCGAGGGUUGGCUCGCUAGAAUUUCGUGGUGCAUCUCAAUUCCCAAAUCAGCCCCGCAGUCUCCCUACGCAUGGGAUGCAGCAGGAGAGCGUGUUUGAUACAGACGUGGAGGCGAUCGAUGAUUCAACUGUGGCAGGGACUAGUGUCUACGGAUUUGAUGACAACAAAUCUCAGGCAGCGUCAAGUACCAAUGCUGCCUACACCAACCCGGAUCCACAAUCAAUGUACCAGCCGCAGCCUUCACGGCAUACUUACGGGUCUAACUGGUAUGAAGGCCUGGGAGACCAAGCUAUGAAGAAGGCCGGGUUUGAUUCGGAUGACUUCGAUGACUUUGGAAGCCAAAUUACUUCGUCUCUUGGCGGAGAUGGCGGGGAUAAUGAAAAGCCCGACGAAGCACACAACUGGAAUGUGUCGCACAAACCGCGUACGACCGAGGAACCAUUGAGCAAGCGCCUGGAGAAUUUCUGGUCUGCCAGCAGAAAGAGAACUUCUUCGCGACAGCCUCUCAAUGUAGACUCUGACCCCGAGCCUCAGACUCAACCACAACCCAAGUCUAAGCCGCGGAAAUUAGGUCAAAUGCUUCCUCCUACGGGGCCCAGGAAAAUUGUUCUCCCUCACACCACGUCAGCAACACCCAGGACACGUUUCAGUCCUCCAAAGCCUUCGCUCCUUGAACAACUCGACCAACAACUCGAUGCAUCACCUACUCGCCAUAACUCUCAACCUCCGCCAGAUGUUGGCCGGACACUCAGCAUUACAUCGUUCCAGGAACAUACUGACAGUGACGGUGGAAGCGACGAUGGCAUGGACCGCACCAUACGGGCGGAUGGACGACGGGAAAGCGGCGGGCAUUCAAUCAAUGCCUUUGAUAUGACCAGUUUGACCGACCUAGACGUUGAUCACACCAUCCAAGAUCCGUUCUUUGUGCAAGAUUCCCACGAACCACAAGAGCCGCCGCAUCGUAGCCGCCGCAACACUGCCAUCCGUUCCAAAAAGCGAUCACUUGAAGCAGAUUACCCACCGGAAGUGCUCUACCAAAAGUCUUUUUCCGAGCUCCAGGCUGAGCCCUUUGACAAAUCACCCACCCCUCCUCCACCAAUCGCCAAAUCACCUUCGUUGCCACCAAAUCCACCACCUUUUGUCCCGGACCCUCAGGAGCCCAAGAAUGCCGUCUCCCACCUGUUGACCCUGACAGACCAAGAACGCCAGAAUUACUUGUCCCACAUGAGUAUGGAUGAAUGGGAAGACUGCGGAGAUCAAAUGAUCGAGCGUUUCACUCAUCUUCUUUCAGAAAUGAAGAACCUACGGCGUGCCCGCCGCCGCACAGCUGCUGUGUUUGAAGGCGAAGUCAAGCGCCGCCAUGACCAAGUUGAAACGCAAAGUUCGGAGUUGACGAAUAAAUUGACUGAGAUGAGAACGGGCGGUGCAGAGGUUCUGCGUGGACGCCACUCAUGA